CAGGAAGGUAGCCGAGAGGUUGGCCACAAAGUACGCUUGCAAGUUCUGAUUUUGCGCCUGACAAAACAGACAAAAUCUAUCUGUGAGGAUACAAUUUACCGACCAUCAUAGCCUGUGACAUUGAAGUGAAAACAACUCUGACUUCGUGAGGACGCCAUUUACCGACCAUCAUAGCCUGUGACAUUGAAGUGAGAGCAACACUGACUCUGUGUGGACGCCAUUUACCGACCAGCAUAGCCUGUGACAUUGAAGUGAGAACAACGCCGACUCUGUGAGAGCGCCAUUUACCGACCAGCAUAGCCUGUGACAUUGUAGUGAGAACAACGCCGACUCUGUGAGAGCGCCAUUUACCGACCAGCAUAGCCUGUGACAUUGAAGUGAAAACAACUCUGACUUCGUGAGGACGCCAUUUACCGACCAUUUACUUAUCAUCGCAGACUUUGAUACUUAAUUGAUAACAACGCUGACCUUGAACCUAAAUGAAGGAUCACGUCUGCAAGAUGCGCCACAUAACGACACUGAUGCAAUGCACGUGCAUCCUUUCCUUUUUAUUCAUCGUAUACAAUCUAGCGAAGUAUCAUAUUCAUGACAAGCGAACUGAUGUACCCCUGCAAGCACAGAAGCAAAUCAUCGGAUCGAGCGAAAACCGUAGUAACACGCCCGAGUUGGUUCCGAAAUCCUGCACCAGUAACUAUAGCUACAUAGACUUUGGAACAUCAAUGACUCCAGAACAAUUAGAAAGAGUCGAGCAUUGCAUGAUCAACUACAACACUGACGGAGCAAAAGGUUUACAACAAACACAUGCUGAUAAAAACAUCAGAUACAAAAGUCAUUCGUAUUUAAACAGUAACAGUUUUAUGAUCGAAGCCGGUGGUCAUCAGGGACUGGAUGCCAACGAGUUUAACUCGCGGUAUCAUCCAGGCGUGUAUGUCAUCCUGGAGCCUGUUGCUGAAUUUUUCGAAAUAUUGAAACAGAAAUUCAAAAAUUCGUCGAACAUUGUUUUGUAUAACUUUGGAGUCGAUGUUAGGAACAGAACCUUCCUUGUCAAUAGAGGCGAUGAUGCUACCUCAAUAUUCAGCAAACAUAAAGGUAAUGUUAAACUUCAGAUACUUGCUGUUUCGAGGUUCUUCGAAAUGCUACGGAUUUCAGAAAAGAAAGUUGACCUUAUUACACUGAACUGUGAAGGGUGUGAAUAUGCAAUUCUGGAUUAUUUGCUUUCGACGAACAACAUACACCAGUUCCGAAACAUCCAGUUCCAGUCUCAUAGAGUGCCGGCAGUUUGCCAUCCUGUGAAACGUUUUUGCUGGUAUCAAGAACUUUUACCUAAAACGCACAAGCUCGUUUUUCAGCAUAAAUUUUGGUGGGAAAGUUGGACAGAAAAAUAAAAGAACACAUAUGUAUCUGCAUUACUUAAUAAAUAUAGUUGAGGGAUGUAUAAGUUAGGGGUGGGCGUGAAAUGUACAAUGACAGCAGGUCCAUCGCAAGGGCAGGAAAACGCAUGAUAGAACAGAAAGUGGAGAUACAGAGCGUGAAAACGCGAAGUGUCGGUCACUGGUUGAUGAUUUGCUUUCUGUUUUGGAAAAGUUUGAUUUCAUGUUAUCGUAAUCACACACAUUUAUUGAGUAGAACCGCACGAUUAGUUCUAGUAUAUGAGUAUUGUUAAAAUUGAAGGACGGUCGCUUACGCUACUUAAUGCACAAAAACAUGCAAAUAACGGAUAAUCCAUUGGAAAUUAAGUACAUUGUAUGUUGCAAUUUCUGUAAAGUGUUAUAGAUUUUUUCAAAUGAGCAGAAUGAAUCUUGGCAGGUGAAGAGUAAGUAUCAUUUUGACUAAUGAAUUUAGUAUUAUCAUUAUUUCUUUAGUCUAGCAGAAUGAAUGACAUUUUAAAGGGAUGGUUGAAAAAGAGCAGAAUGAUCAUUUCUAAUUUUGGGAACAACUGGUUGCGUAUUAGUGUGAUUGGAGCACAAAUUUUUAGAAUUACCUGUCCAUGUGUAUAAGGCUACUGAUGAAAUCUAAUUUAGAUGAGAAAACGACAAUAUAUCUUUUUUCGAAUAUAUUCUUUUCAACAUGUACAUGUAAAACUGAUUAUUGAUAUUUAGUGUCUUAAUUGUGACUGUGUUAAUUAUGAUGCACCGGAAAGAACAGAUAACAUCUAUUGAAAUGAAAUUUCAAAGGAAGAUUUUUCUUCUUUUUUUUUGUAAUCUAAACAAAAUUUUAUUGACGUUCAAUAUAUCAAAGGGUCAGACAUCAGGCAUAGGAUAUAUAAGUCAUUUCCAUAUUAUUACAAUGAAAAUUAGUGUAUACUGCAUUAUUCCACAGUGGUAUCUACUAUCACAAGUAAAGGGAGAGAACUUCAAGUUAUUUUGAGUGUUAAAAGAAAUUCAUUGACUCAAUUAUCAUCAUACCAUACCUGCACGCACUGAUUCAGUGGAAAACAUGUCAUAAGGUCCCUGUGUAUAUAAACAAUCGACCAUUUACCCAACAUAGAUGCAUGACAGUUCAUCAGUAACUCUGCAUAGCAUGGUAUUUCGUACUAGGACAGUUUUAAUUUGUAGGAUAAUUUUUCUCAAUGUUUGGAGAUCACCCAUAUGAUAUAACGAGAAUAGUAAGAUUAUAUUUCAUCACCAUCAAGUAUCUAACACCAUAUUAUUGUCAUAUAUAACAAUAUCUAUCCAUUUCAAUCAAUCAGAAAUUAAUAUUUAUAUUAUUGUUGUUUAAUUUUAAUAUACAGCAUGAUAUAUAAUAGCUAUAUGGUUUCACUCAAGUCCAGUCAAUCAGAAUUCAUACUUUUAUUAUUGUUGUUUGAUUAUAAUAUGCAUCAUGAUAUAUAAUAGCUCUAUGGUUUCACUUAAGUCCAGUCAAUCAGAAAUUUAUAUUUAUAUUAUUGUUGCUUAAUUAUAAUAAACAUCAUGCUAUAUAAUAGUUCUAUGGUUUCACUUAAGUCCAGGCCAUUAGAAAUUCAUAUUUAUAUUAUUGUUGUUUGAUUAUAAUAUUGUUCUGAAUGUACAUGACGAACUAACUUCUCUAAGCGAAGGUGUUUAUGUUACCUUGUCCCAGAGUUGAUGUUCGGCCGUGCGUGACCACUAUCGGCGGAGUCUACACCUGGUCAAGCUUGUACGCGGACGUAUUUACGUACCUCACUAUGAUUUCACUCAAGUCCAGUCCAUCAGAAAUUCAUAUUUAUAUUAUUGUUGUUUGUUUAUAAUAUACAUCAUGAUAUAGAAUAGCUCUAUUUUUUCUCUCAAGCAGCAGCUGAGAGUCAUUUAUAAUGUUUUAGAUUUCGCUGAAGUUGUGAGGAUUAACACAUAUCAAAUCUUUUAGCUAGGUAUUCAAAUUCAGUAAUAAUUUUGUAGAAUAGAUUUAUUUAUAUUAGUGGUACAAUAUACAUCCAUUCAGAAGAGUAUGUAGAUGUUAGUGAUCAUGGCUAUAUAUUUGUGAUAGACUUUGAUGCUUCUGUCACCUAGAGUAUAUAGUAUCGUGCAUUUUUAAUUUCAUGAUUACAUCUACAUGCUGUUGAUUCACUCAGAUCGCUACUGUGCAGAUCGGAGUUAAGGUUACUGGCGUUAUUUCUGAGUUGACAAAAUAAAUGUUAUAUUUUCUAAUUCCGAUAUAUUUAAAUACAUUGAUAGCUGUAAUAAGUUAUGAUCUAGAUGUUUAAUUGUUUUUUUAAUUGUUUUAUUGAAUUAAUGUUUGUACAUGUAGUAUCAAAUGUGAGUAGACUAAAUUCUCUAAUAGUUGACGUAAAAAAGCUGUUAGCAUUAUUUUCAGUUUUACAUAAAAUGGGUUUCUCAAAGGAUAUCUAGUAUUUUCAUUUCUAUUUAUGAAGAUUUCAACAAUAUCUCUAAAAUAUUUUGAACUAAUUGUUUAAAAUUUUAUUCAUUAGUACUAGCUUAUGUUGUUUUCGUCUGGAAGUAUCUGCAUGAAGCUAAUUGUAUGAUGUCCCUCGUCUUAAUCCUGUAAUUAUGCUAGGGCGAGUCCGUUUUCCAUCACUGCUGAAAAUUAUCCCUAAGCGCUUGUGAAAUAAUUAUACCCAGUUUCUGAGUGAUCUUAUAUUAAGAUUAGACAUUUUAAGACUUAAGGGGUCUCUGGAUUUAGCUCUAUAUCGCUGCAAAGAUUCAAUAUAGUUUGUGCUGUACAUUCAUGAUACUUGGUGUUUUUGAUUAUUAAAGAGAUAUAACGCUGUGGCAACCAUUCUGUAGUUAAGUGAUAAGCAGAUAUAAAUAAUGAACUACGAGGGUAUGUGAUAUGGUAAUAGUCCUCACAAUAUAAGAAAAGAUGGGUCCCCACAUAAAUAUUUGCAAAGAUAUAAUAAUUAUCCAUUGUGAAAAAACACUACUUUGGGAGACUGUGGACACAUCAAUACUUGCAUAACAUAAACAUGAUGAUGAUGUACAAAGAAACCAAAACCGUGGGCUGAUGGACAGGGAUAUAAUUAACAUAAGGUAAUAUGGAAAAUUAGCAGAACAACAAGUAAACAUAUAUGUUGCAUUAAGUAGAUUCAUCGUAAAAGAUGUUAAAGGUAGGUUCGGAGGAAGCAUGGUUUCAACACGAGUUGGACUAUUGAUGGAUGUAUAUGCAUGCUAACAAGUAGGAUUUGGUUUGCCUUCAAUUAUCAAGUCAGCACAUACUGAUCAGAUGUUGUACAGCUCAUCUUUGAUGAACAAAUAGUUUCAACUAGCACUUCACUCUAUUAACGCAAGAUGGCAUUAAAUAAUAUGAACGUAUCGCAGUAGAUUUUUUUGAUAAUACAAGCCAUUCCAGUCUGUCAAAAAAAAAAAAAAGUUAGAAAGAGAGAUGGC